AUGAGGGGGUCUUCUUAUAUACCAUUACCAGGAUGGAUUAUGCUAAAGAAAGCGAUUGUAAACAUCCGAAACACUGAUGAAAAAUGUUUUCUUUGGUGCCUACUUAGAUAUCUUCAUCUAAGAGAGAACAAUGAUACCCGAUUAACAGAUUUGAAACAAUAUGAAAAUGAUCUUAGUACCAAAGGAAUUGAUUAUCCAGUCAAACUAAGAGUCAUAACCAAAUUUGAAACUUUAAAUCCAUCACUUCCAGGAAUAAAUGUAUUUUCAGUUAAUGAGAAUAAUAAGCUUUACCCUUUGAGAAUGGCAAAACGAGACACCCAAAAUACAACUGAUUUGUUUCUUCACGGAACAAGAUGGGAAAACCCAUUAUUCACUUAUUAAAAACUUUUCACGAUCGUGUAGAUCACAGAGAACAUCACGAUCAAGUGGUAUAACUUGUAUUUGCAAGAAAUGUUUUAUUCACUUCUCAAAAGAGGAAUUAUUUCAAAAACAUAUCGAAUAUUGUUCAUCCAAUGAAACAGUUGCUGUGCGUAUGCCUUCUAGAAACACAAAGUUAUGUUUUGAUAAUUACCACAAACAACUUCCAGUUCCUUUUGUAGUUUAUGCCGAUUUUGAAUGUUUUACCAAACCGAUGAGCACUUGCUGUCCCAAUCCAGAGGAUUCAUAUACUUACAGUUACCAGAAACAUGAGCCAUCAGGAUUUUGUUUAUAUAUCAAAGGAUUGGACCCUAACAUAACAUUUAAACCAAUUCUUUACACAAAAACCACCAAAAGUGAUGACAUCUCUGCAAUUUUUGUUUCUAAACUUGCGGGAAUAACAAAUAAGAUAUACAAUGAUUUUUAUUGUCGACCAUUACCUCUUAAAUUAACAAAACAAGAACAAGAAGAAUUUAAUAAAGCCGAGUUUUGUUAUAUUUGCAACAAAGCAUUAACGGUGAUAAAGUUCCCGAUCACUGUCAUUUUACUGAAAAGUAUCGUGGAGCUGUUCAUAACUGUUGCAACUUGAGAUGCCGAAAGCCAAUAAUUCUUCCAGUUAUAUUUCACAAUCUUCAAGGGUAUGAUGCACAUUUGUUUAUUAAACAACUUUUUCGUUUGCCAGGUGAAUUAAACUGUAUUCCAUCGACAGAAGAAAAAUGUAUUUCGUUUUCUAAAAAGAUUAAAGUGGACGAGUUUAUAUCUCGACGUACUGGAGAAACAGUUUCGGUGUAUUUUGAGUUACGAUUUAUUGAUUCUUACAAGUUUCUUCAAACAUCUCUUACAAAUCUUGUUGGAAAUCUACAACUAACCAAUGAUUUUCACAACACAAAGGCUAUAUUUCAAGAAAAUAUAGAAUUGUUAACUCGUAAGGGUGUUUAUCCAUAUGACUAUGUUUCGUCAAUUGAGAAACUUUCUGAGACGCAGCUUCCACCUAAAUCAGAAUUUUAUUCAAAACUAAAUGACGAAAAUAUUUCAGAUUCUGAUUACCAACACGCACUUAAUAUCUGGAGUACUUUUAAUUGUAAGUCUAUUUGUGAUUAUCACGAUCUUUAUCUAAAGUCUGAUGUUCUUUUGCUGGCAGAUGUAUUUAAGAGCUUCCGAAAAACUUGUCUUCACCAUUUCAAUCUAGAUCCCGCGCAUUACUAUACAUCUCCAGGUUUGGCUUGGGAUGCAUGCCUGAAAGAAACAGGUCCAGAAUUACAACUGUUGCAUGAUUAUGAUAUGUUGAUGAUGUUUGAGCGUGGUAUUCGCGGAGGAAUAACUCACAUAUCAAAGAGAUAUGCAGAGGCGAAUGAUAAAUAUAUGAGAGAUUAUGAUCCUAGCAAACCUUGUACUUACAUUCAAUACCUAGAUGCUAACAAUCUUUAUGGCUGGGCAAUGUCACAACCACUUCCUACACAUGGGUUUAAAUGGCUAAAAGAUUUAACUGUAGAUUCUGUAAUUAAUCGGUUAGAAAAACGAAAGACAAACAAGGGAUACAUAUUUGAGGUUGACUUGGAAUAUCCUCGUAAACUGUGGAAUUCACAUAAUGAUUAUCCUCUUGCUCCGGAGAAGAUGGUUGUGAAUAGAGUAGAAAAACUGAUUGGAUCUUUUAGACCUAAAAAACGCUAUGUAGUACAUAAUCACAAUCUUAGACAAUAUCUUGAGAUGGGAAUGAGACUAACUGCUGUUCUCAGAGGAAUAUCAUUUUACCAGACUGCAGCAAACAGUUUUGAGAAAGACUUUUUUCGAGUUUAUGAAUAAUUCAGUGUUUGGCAAAACAAUAGAAAACAUUAAAAAGAGACAAAAUAUAAUAUUGGUAGAUAGCCGCGCCAAAGCCUCAAGUUUAUCAACAAAACCAAACUUUGAUCGAGCAACAAUAUUUGAUAGUAAUCUUAUUGCUGUUCAUAUGAAGAAAACUGAAGUGUAUUUUAACAAACCAAUUUAUGUUGGGCAAGCAAUACUGGAUUUGUCGAAAACACUAAUGUUUGAUUUUCAUUAUAAUUAUAUUAGAAAAAAAAUACGAUGACAAGGCUGAGUUGUUGUUUACAGAUACUGACAGUUUGUUGUACUUAAUCCAUACGGAUGGUUUUUAUAAGGAUAUAUCUCAUGACAUUAAGAAAAAGUUUGAUACUUCUGAUUACCCUGAGAAACAUCCAUCUGGCAUCAAGACAGGAGUUAACAAGAAAGUUUAA